AUGGGCAUCGAUUGGCGCAUGGGAGCUGAAUGGUUUGAGACACUCCUCUUGGAUUAUGAUCCUUGUUCGAAUUAUGGAAAUUGGACCUAUGGUGCAGGAGUUGGAAAUGACCCUAGAGAAGAUCGUUAUUUCAGCAUUCCCAAGCAAGCACAAACAUAUGAUCCUGAGGGUGAGUAUGUAGCGUACUGGCUGCCGCAGCUGCAAGGACUUCCAAAAGAGAGGAGGAACUUUCCUGGAAAACUUUACGGGGAGCAAAUUGUGCCUCUCAAAUUUGGAAACCCUAAUAGAAACCAGGGUCAAGACAGAGCCUCUGCGGCGAGAAAAACCAAUUAUGGAGGACAAGGGAGGCAGACAAAAGGAUACAUGAGAUAG